GUAUGAUAUUUCUGUUACUUUUUAUAUUUUGAACCUUCCCACCCUCACAGUGAUAGAUUAAUUUGAACAUAAGCAAGCAUUAUCAUUACUGAGGGACACCCACAGAUCGUGAAAGCGCCUCUUUACUUUCUUCUUCAUUGGGAUUGGGGUUCGCUCUCUUUUACCGACAGAUCCUCUGCCAAAUACUCCGCCGCUGUUGGAUUCAUACCACCACCGUCAGAGGAGGACGGAACUCAAACCUCGCCGCCAUUGUUACCGUCACGCUUCGCUGCUCUAAAUCUUGUAAUACUUAACAACGCCACACACUUUGCUGUGUACUGCACGAAAUCUGCAACAAGAGUUGGGAAAAGUGAAUACGUUUCUUGCUUAUAUAGGCUGAACUCUGAAGCUUUAGCUUUACCGUAAAUAAAACUUUUACAGUUGGAAAUUUGUCAGGAUCAACUCACAUUGGUUGGAUCUGGGAAUUUUAGAUCUGUGGAAUCAAAUGUCACAAACGAGCUUGUUUAUCUGUCGCAACUGGAAUUUGAAUUUCUAGGGUUUUUGGUUUCUGUACUGCUUACUACGGAUGACUACCAAACGCGCCUACAAACUCCAGGAGUUUGUAGCACAUGCUUCUGCUGUUAAUUGCCUCAAGAUUGGAAGAAAAACAUCUAGGGUUCUUGUUACUGGAGGGGAAGACCACAAGGUUAAUCUUUGGGCUAUUGGUAAACCGAAUGCUAUCCUGAGUCUCUCAGGACACUCAAGUGGAAUAGACUCUGUGAACUUUGAUUCCUCUGAAGUGUUGGUAGCUGCUGGAGCUGCAAGUGGUACUAUUAAACUCUGGGACUUAGAGGAGGCAAAGAUUGUUCGAACUCUUACCGGUCAUAGGUCCAAUUGUACAUCAGUAGACUUUCAUCCUUUUGGAGAGUUCUUUGCAUCUGGUUCUCUAGACACUAAUCUUAAGAUAUGGGACAUCAGAAAGAAGGGUUGUAUUCAUACAUACAAGGGCCAUACUCGAGGGGUAAAUGCAAUUAGGUUUACUCCAGAUGGACGCUGGGUUGUGUCAGGUGGGGAAGACAAUACUGUGAAGUUGUGGGAUCUAACCGCCGGAAAACUCUUGCACGAUUUCAAGAGUCACGAGGGCCAGAUCCAGUGUAUAGAUUUUCACCCCAGCGAGUUUCUCCUAGCAACAGGCUCUGCUGAUAGGACAGUAAAAUUUUGGGACCUUGAAACUUUUGAGCUUAUUGGUUCAGCUGGCCCUGAGACAACUGGAGUACGUUCUCUUACUUUCAGUCCUGACGGGAGGGCCCUACUUUGUGGUUUGCAUGAGAGUUUAAAGGUUUUCUCUUGGGAACCUAUAAGAUGCCAUGAUAUGGUAGAUGUGGGUUGGUCUAGAUUGUCAGAUCUUAAUGUUCAUGAAGGAAAACUUCUUGGCUGCUCAUACAAUCAAAGUUGUGUUGGAGUUUGGGUCGUGGACAUCUCGCGUAUAGAACCAUAUGCUCUUAAUAGUAUGAACCAACUAAACGGCCGUUCAGAAUCUAAGUCCUCAAGUGGAAAUACAACUGUAUUGAAUGAAAUCACAGCUAAGGCUAGGAUAUCUGGCUCUCAAAAUCCGGAUCCAUUACUAAAGGAAACAAGAUCUCUUGGAAGGUUGUCAAUUUCUCAUGAUUCAGACCCCUUGAAGGAAGGAAAAUUUUUGGCAUCCACAGGAAGUGCACCAAGUACUCCUCAAAGGAUAAAUUCUAAUUCUGGUUCAAAAACAGUCUCCGUUGGUUCAACAGCAGUGCUUAAUACAGCAGCUCAGAAAAGGAGUUCUUUGAAAUCACAUACGUCAAGUUUUCCACUCAUCAAUAAAUCAGAUAUUAUACCUGUUAUUGUCCCCAGAACUAGCACGAGGUCAGAGCCUGUAGCUGAUUCUAGAAAAGAAGUCGGUGUCGCCGGAACAACAAUGCCAAUUUCUUUGCAAUCAAAAUCAGCGGAUAUACGGAAAUUUACAAACAGCAGAGAUGAUGUGGAUAAGCCACCUUUCUCUUCUGUAACUGAAUUUGCAGCUUCUAAGUGUAGCGAACUAAGUGGUUUUGCAGAUAAAAAUAAUUUGCCUGCUUCUGUAAGCUCAACUCAAGAUGAAAGCGGGGGCCUGAAAUUGAACAGAGAUGGAUGUUCUAUUGAAGUACAGAAAAGAGGGAGAAUGCGCUCACUUCUAAAUUUGGAAAAGAGGGAUCGUUCUCUUAAUUUUGAGGAACCUAGACACAGAAUUUCUCAUGGGAGGACAUCAUCAGUUCAUGCGCUUCCUUUCUGUGGGAGAACACAUUCCAUAUCCACUGAGAAGGCCACAUUUUCUGCUAGCGAGGAAGAUUCUAUUGCUGAUGUGAUGGAACAACAUGAUGAAUUUAUAAGUUCAAUGCAUAGCCGUUCAUCUAAGUUGAAGGUGGUCUUCGGACGUUGGGAAAGAAAUGAUGUUACAGAAGUCAUUAGCACAAUGGCAAAGAUGGGUGAUCACGCUGUGAUUGCUGAUAUUGUUAGCAUUAUAAUGGAGAAAAUUGAUAUGGUCACACUUGACUUGUGUACAGGUCUUCUGCCACUUCUAAGUGACCUUUUACAAAGUGAAAUGGAUAGACAUCUAUCUAUAUCCGUGGAAAUGUUAUUGAACCUGGUCAGAGUAUUUGGUUCAGUAAUCUAUUCAACGCUAUCAGCUAAACCCUCUGUUGGUGUUGAUAUCGAAGCAGAGAACAGGCUAGAGCGUUGCAACCUCUGCUUUGUAGAGCUCGAAAAAGUCAAACGUUUCCUUCCUUCUCUAAUGAGAAGAGGAGGAUCAAUUGCAAAAUCUGCACACGAGUUGAAUCUGGUACUUCAGGAUGUGUCGUGAUUCUAACUGGAUUAGAUUAUUCUUGCUGCUUCAUUACGCGGGUGCUUAUAGAGAGGUUUUUUGUGCAUCUCAUAGAUUUAAAAUCUCUACCCAAGUCACCGUAUAGUUUGAUGGGAUUUCUUUUGGCAUUGAGCCAUGUGUGUACGUUAUUUAUUGAUGUUGAAACUCAUGAUGAUGACAAAUGGUGACGCUGAUAGUCUGAUACUGCUGAUUCUUCAAUGUAUACACGAAAACCAGAGCUGAGCCGAAGAGAUGUGCCACUAUCUGCUGAUGGAUUAGUAUUGCAUGGUUCUGUCUAUAAGCUUGAAUCUCAUGGUCUCUUCGUUCAACAACUAACCUAAUCUGGCACAAUGCUAUUGUCGAUACGGGUCUAAUCUUCUCUGAAAUUCUUUUCUUUUUUUAAUUUUGUUGUAGUGCCUAAGGUUAGGGGCCAUUUUAUGUGACUGUGGCCCCACUCAUAUUUGUCUUUGUUGCAAAUUCUUGUAUGAUUUCCUCACAAUGCAUUUGGUAACCAAUACGAUGGAUUAGUGUUUAUAUAACUUAGGAAAUGAAGUGACAUCUCUGACUGUA